AUGGAAGGCCCCGGAGCGGGAUGUGCAGGGCCGUCGCCUCAGUCCGACGCGGAUUCCUCGGCUCCCAUAUCGCAAAACGGCUACAAGCAACGGCGUCGCUGGUAUGCGUACUCCAUGAGCGUGCCUUCCUACCUGUUUCUUGCGGUGGCGUGUGUGUUGCUGUGUUCCGCGUGCCCCUUGCAAGCGCUGCGAACCAGAUGCUGGCGCCGCUCGCCGCACUGCUGGACGUUCGUGGGCGCUCCGCAUCAGCCGAUGCCGCCCUGGCCUGCCGGCCGCGGCCCUGGCGAGUUGCGUGCCUCCAAAGUGGAUGACAUCCUGGCUGAGCUCAAGACCCUCACCCUGCUCGAGACGUCGGAGCUGGUGAAGAAGAUCGAGGAGGCGUUCGGCGUCUCGGCCAGCAUGGCUGUCAGCGCGGCUCCUGCCGCGGCAGGCGCCCCUGCGAUGGCCACGGCGCCCGAGGACGAGGAGGACGACGAAGACAAGCCGAAGAAGACGUCGUUCGAGGUCGUGCUGCUGGAACGCCCCGAGGAGCAGAGCGUGCGCAUGGCGCUGUUCAGGAUCCUGCGGAAGGUGCUGCCUGACCAGCCGCUGACGGAGGUGAAGGCCGUCAUCGACAACGCGCCGACGACCCUGAAGGUGGUGAACAAGGAGGAGGACGCCAAGGAGGCCGUGAAGCUCAUUGAGGGCGCUGGAGGCAAGGCCGAAAUCCGAUGA